CAGACGGCCGCGCGGGGGACCGCCUAAGAGGGCGUGCGCUCCCGACAUGCCCCGCGGCGCGCCAUUAACCGCCAGAUUUGAGUCGCCGGACUGUUUGGCAGAGGUGGCGGCGGCGGCAUGGGUGCCCCGACGUUGCCCCCUGCCUGGCAGCCCUUUCUCAAGGACCACCGCAUCUCUACAUUCAAGAACUGGCCCUUCUUGGAGGGCUGCGCCUGCACCCCGGAGCGGAUGGCCGAGGCGGGCUUCAUCCACUGCCCGACUGAGAACGAGCCGGACUUGGCCCAGUGUUUCUUCUGCUUCAAGGAGCUGGAAGGCUGGGAGCCAGAUGACGACCCCAUAGAGGAACAUAAAAAGCAUUCAUCUGGUUGCGCUUUCCUUUCUGUCAAGAAGCAGUUUGAAGAAUUAACCCUCGGUGAAUUUCUGAAACUGGACAGAGAAAGAGCCAAGAACAAAAUUGCAAAGGAAACCAACAAUAAGAAGAAAGAAUUUGAAGAAACUGCGAAGAAAGUACGCCAUGCCAUCGAGCAGCUGGCUGCCAUGGAGUGAGGCCUCUGGCCGGAGCUACCUGGUCCCAGAGUGGCUGCACCACUUCCAGGGUUUGUUCCCUGUUGCCACCAACCUUCCUGUGGGACCCUUAGCAAUGCUGUAGGAAAGGAGGUCAACAUUUUCAAAUCAGAUACUUCAACUAUACUCUUGUUUUAUCUUGAAAGUGGCACCAGAGGUGCUUCUACCUGUGCAGCUGGUGCUGCUUAUAACAAUGACUGCUUCUCUCUCUCUCUCUCUCGCUCGCUUGCUCUCUCGCUCU